AUGAUCACAGUCAUGCAAUUGAUGGAAUCAAUGGAUCUCCCAAAAAAGGAGGUUAGCAACUAUAUUCCCAAUGAUAUUUCUUUUGAUAUUCUUUCUAAAUUACCUAUGAAAUCUUUGAAGCGAUUUAGUUGUGUAUGUAAGUUUUGGAGUAAUUUAUUUGAAAAACCCCAAUUCAUGGACAUCUACCGGAUAAGUUUAUUUGCAUCUAAGUAUGAGGAUCAUCAUAAUUCAUGUUUUCUUUUAAAGCAAUCUCUUGAUCUUAGUGAAGAUAAUAUACUUUUACUUUCGGGUGAAACAUUUGAAAAUAAAGUCAAAUUAGAUUGGCCACCUCCAUUUAAAGAAUAUCGAAAACGUUUUUAUAUUGUUGGUUCCAUUGUUAAUGGAAUACUUUGUCUCUGUCGAGGCAAUGGAAGAGGCGACACCAAUUAUAUUAACCAAGAAGUAGUACUGUGGAAUCCGUCUACAGAGGAUUUUAAAGUUAUUCCUUCUGGCUCUUUUAAUCAUGCAAUUUUGAAAGCAUUUCCUCCCGACACUAUUUUUGAAGAUCUACCUUUGAUGUUUACCUUUGUAAAUAUUUAUGGGUUUUGUUAUGAUCCUGUCGCAGAUGACUACAAAUUGAUUCGAAAUUUUUAUUUUAUUGAUAGUAAGAAGUUUGAACUUGAUCUAAACAUUUGUCCACAUGAUGAGACCUUAUGGCAGAUAUAUAGUCUAAAAAGUAACUCUUGGAGGGAUAUUCAGGUCAAAAUGCCAAAUCAUUAUUACAAUGAUGAAUGGAAACAAAAUGGUAAUGGAAUUUACUUCCAUGGGAUGUGUCAUUGGUGGGGCUACAGAGAUCAUUUAAAAGAACAUAUGUUAGUAUCAUUUAACUUGAGAGAUGAGGUCUUUAUUAUAACACACUCCAACCCCAAUUAUCAUGUAUUUGAUAGACACAUGUUCAUAUUAAAAGAUUCUAUUGCUACGAUCGAUUAUGAAGAACCUUAUAAUAUUUUCAUAUCAGUUUUGGGUGAGAUUGGUGUGACGGAAUCAUGGACACGACUUUUUAGAAUUGGACCCCUACCUUAUUCUACAAGUCCUAUUGGAGUUGGAAUAAACGGUGAUAUCUUCUUAAAUAGAUAUGGAGAAAUUGAAAAAUUUAAUUUAAAUACAAAUCUUAUUGAAGAGAUUGGUAUUACAGGAAGAAUUAUACGUUGUCAAAUGAUUAUUUAUAAUAGUAGUAUUUUUCCAAUCGGAGGAAUACAUAGUUAA